AUGGAAAAAUUUGGAAUCUUAAAUGAUGAAAAUCGUGAAAAAUAUAGACCAGCAUUUAAAGGAACCUCAUUUUUCGCAAGAAACAUGUGGUCUUUAGCCGAUAAUCAAGCUAUUGUACUAGGCACUCAAUUCUGUAUUUUCGCUCAGAUUUUUGAUGACCUUAUUGAUAGUAAUGAACCAGAAUAUGGAAUUAAAAUAAUCAAUAGAGCAAUCAAUAUAUUUAAAUUGGGUAAACUUGAAGAUGAUCCAACACCACUUGAAAGAAAUUUGUUUGAUAUUCAUCAGAAUCUAGAAAUCAGAAUUGGAGAUCAACACCCAUUGAUGAAUCUUUUCAGAAAUUCCUUCAUUGAUUAUUUUGACAAUUUAAUUCCGUGGCAGUGUAUGAAGAAAUUGGAAGGUGAUAUGAGUAUGAAUUUAUAUUAUAAUAUUCGAAGACAAAAUAUGGGAAUGGAACCAACUUUUUCUUUAGGUGUAUUAUUCACUAUGAAAAGAUUAAACCCUGAUAUUCUUCUUGACCCACUUUGGAAAAGUUUAUCGGAUUAUUCAGGAAAAAUCGCUGCUCUAUACAAUGAUAUUUUCUCUUAUGAAAAGGAACUUAGAGAAAAAGAUGUAAGAAUGAAUAGUUUCUAUUUUAUGAAAACACAAAACAAUUGGUCUGAUCAAGAAUGUUUUGAUUUCAUGGAUAAAGAAUUGGAUAAUUGUUUUGAACAAUAUAUUAUUCAUGAAAACCUGAUAAUUCAAAAAUUCAUUCCAACUCUUCAAAACAAAGAGGAUGAAGAAGAAUUAUACCAAAUCGUUGGACGUUUUCAUUUAAUCUUGACUUCCAUAAUAUCUAUGUAUCUACAAAAACCAUCAUAUAAAUCACAAGAUUCUAUCUUUGUUGAACUUAGAAUCUAA